CUAUUUCUGAUUUCUGAUAGUGAUCUUUUCUCUUUCUCUCUCUGAAACUUCUCAGUUCUGACUUUAUUUUCUCAAACCCAGAAGAAACAUAUUUAUCAAUGGAGAAUCUCCCUUGUGGUUAUCGUCCUAACGUAGGAAUUUGUCUCAUCAAUCAUGAUCAUUUGGUCUUUGUGGCUUCCAGAUUGAAUGUACCCGGAGCAUGGCAAAUGCCACAGGGGGGCAUUGAAGAUGGAGAAGACCCUAAAUCUGCUGCCAUUAGGGAAUUGCGAGAGGAAACUGGAAUAACAUCAGCUGAAAUAAUUGCAGAGGUCCCACAAUGGUUGACGUAUGACUUCCCACCAGCCGUAAAGGCCAAAGUAAACCGUCUUUGGGGAGGAGAAUGGCAUGGACAGGCACAGAAAUGGUUUCUUAUGCAAUCUACCAAUGCUGAAAGUGAAAUCAACUUAGCAACUGGUGAAGCAGAACCAGAAUUCUCAGAGUGGAAGUGGGCAAGACCAGAAGAAGUAAUUGAGCAGGCUGUAGACUACAAGAGGCCAACGUAUGAGGAAGUUGUUCGGACUUUCCAGUCUUACCUCAAUGAUGGUAGCAAAGCUGCUAAAUGCCAAUCAACGAAAUGGUGAAUCCUGUGCACGUUGUUUGCAUAUAGUCCUCAUUCCUUACACAGGUUACUUGUUAUUGGGAUUCAGAACUUCUUUAGGCUCCUUGUACAUGAACUUGUCUGCUAAGAUCUGCAAAUAUAGGUUGAUGAUCUGAUUGUAAUAAAAUACUUCUUUCCACAUGUUAAUUGAUUGUCUGAAAAAGUAGAUGUCAUCGAGUAGUCGAACUAUAC